AACUACCCUAACAACAAAAAAAAAAAAAAACAGCAACUGAAAUGCAUAUAACGCACAACAACAAACCAACAACCAAACUCUACAACAAUUACAACAAGAGAAAAGUUGAAUUUUCCCUCAACUGUUGCGCCUGCGCCUUAAAAUCGCCUUAGAAAAAAGCGCCUUAAAAAGCACUUGCUCCCAAUCGUCAUCGAACAGCCCAUACGAAAUACAUACCAAUAACAGCCCCUAGGAAGCGGAAGCACUACCAGAGACCAGAAACCGGACACCAGGCAUCAGGCACCAGGCACCACCACAAUCACCUUCUUCAACCACCAGCAGCAAAAGCCAAAAAAGCGUGCAGAGGGAAAUGAGAUGAAGUGGUUUCAAGUGACCAUAGAUAUGAUUCUUGUGCUUUCAUUUAUAUCAAGCAGCACAGCGAAUCCGGAUGCCAAGAGAUUGUACGACGAUUUGCUGAGCAAUUACAACAAACUUGUCCGGCCGGUGGUAAAUGUUACGGACGCUCUCACCGUUCGCAUCAAGCUGAAGCUGUCGCAACUGAUUGAUGUCAAUCUAAAGAACCAAAUCAUGACCACCAAUCUGUGGGUGGAGCAGUCCUGGUACGAUUACAAACUAAAAUGGGAGCCAAAGGAGUACGGCGGCGUCGAAAUGCUCCACGUUCCCUCCGAUCACAUCUGGCGUCCGGACAUCGUGCUCUACAACAACGCCGACGGCAAUUUCGAGGUGACGCUGGCCACCAAAGCCACUCUGAACUACACGGGACGUGUGGAGUGGCGUCCGCCAGCCAUUUACAAGAGCUCCUGCGAGAUUGAUGUCGAGUACUUUCCGUUCGAUGAGCAAACCUGCGUCAUGAAGUUUGGCAGCUGGACCUACGACGGUUUUCAGGUGGAUCUGCGUCACAUCGAUGAACUGAAUGGCACCAAUGUUGUUGAAGUGGGCGUGGAUCUAUCCGAAUUCUAUACAUCCGUCGAGUGGGAUAUACUUGAAGUUCCUGCAGUGCGCAAUGAGAAGUUCUAUACGUGCUGCGAUGAGCCAUAUCUGGACAUCACAUUUAACAUCACGAUGCGCAGGAAGACGCUUUUCUACACGGUCAACCUGAUCAUCCCCUGCAUGGGCAUCAGCUUUCUAACCAUAUUGGUGUUCUAUCUGCCAUCAGACAGUGGCGAGAAGGUCUCAUUAAGCAUAUCCAUUCUGCUGUCGCUCACCGUGUUCUUCCUGCUGCUGGCGGAAAUCAUUCCGCCCACAUCGCUGGUGGUGCCGCUGCUGGGAAAGUUUGUGCUCUUCACCAUGAUACUGGAUACGUUCAGCAUCUGUGUGACAGUCCUGGUCCUGAACAUCCACUUUCGGUCGCCCCAGACCCACACAAUGGCCCCUUGGGUGAGGACGGUGUUCAUCAAUCAGCUGCCGCGAUUCCUGGUCAUGCGGCGGCCCCUAUAUCCGAUCAGUGAAAUGAUCAAAUCCUCGCGCCGUCUAAUGGUGCGCACCUGUAAUGGACUCGAACUGAGGGAUCAAAUACCACCGUUGCCACCGCCCGUGGCCUUGUCGCGCAUGCACCACAGCCCCAAGACGACGUCUCGCAGCACCUCGCCACACCUGCAACACAGAGUACAAACCCUUAAUCUGAUGGACGAGUGUGGCAUGGGAAUGGGAAUGGGUGGUGGCGGUGGUGGUGGUGGUGGGGCGUCCACUAUAACCGGCCACCUUAGCUCCCUGUAUCCGCCGACCAUCUCGACGGUGAAUCAGCAAACCUCGACCACAUCCUCGCUGAUCGAUGCCCAAUACCACAAUCAGUACCAGCAGACCGGGGGCUCGCUGCUGGACCACCCGCUGACGCCAACGAAGUUCCGCCAGAUGACCUCCACCUCCAGCCAGACGGGUCAGAACGGCCAGAACGGAAACGGGCAACACCAUCACUAUGGGGCCGGCGGGGGGAAGUCGUCCUCCACCUCGACGCUGACCCACCAGCAGGCCAGCGGCCAUCACUUGUACCGCCAGCAGUCGAGCUGUUCGGCAAACUUCUCGCCGCUGCCGCAGCAUGCCCAUCAGGCCCAUGCCUCGACCACCACCAGCGACCUGUGCAUGGGCAUGGGCAUGGGCAUGGGGAUGGGGAUGGGCAUGGGGAUGGGUCUGGGGGGCAAUGGGAACCCCAAUGUGAUAAAGUCUACGACGACAGUUAACUCGGUGGCCACGGCCUCCACGCUGGCCGAUUCCUGUUGCAGCGGCAUCCAGAUACACCAGGGCAUGGGCGCCGGUGCCGCCUGCCAAUCCUCGGAGCUGCUCCAGCACCAUCGACCCACCACAUCAGCAGCAGCAGCGGCGGCGGCGGCUGCAGCUGCGGCAGCUGCUGGAGGAGGACCAAGUACCUCGGCAGCGGCGGCAGCAGCCUCGGCUGGUACGCCACCGCCACCACCACCACCGCCGCCGGCGGCGGCCUGUGAUAUACUGCCCGCCUGCCAGCGAGAGGGCGGCCCUCACUGCUGUUCGGGGCGCGGAAACGUCCGGCAACGCUGGCACACCUGCCCGGAGCUGCACAAGGCCAUGGACGGGGUCAACUACAUCGCGGAUCAGACGCGCAAGGAGGAGGAGAGCACAAGGGUGAAGGAGGACUGGAAGUACGUGGCCAUGGUGCUGGAUCGUCUGUUCCUCUGGAUAUUCACAAUAGCCGUAGUCGUCGGCACCGCCGGCAUCAUCCUGCAGGCACCGACGCUCUACGACACCCGCGUGCCCAUCGACAUCAAGCUCUCAGAGAUCGCCUCGACGACGGCCAAGCCGAAUGUGGCGCGGCCUAUCUUGUAAGGUGCCCCUCCCCCUCCCCCUCCAACCACUCCUCCCCCAAGUCCCGAUCGUGGUAUCGAUGGAUAUCGGGAUCGGUAGGCGUUACCAACCAUUACCAUAUAACAUAUAUGUACACACACACACAGUCUGAAAAAGCCAGCAGAAAAAACCAUAACAAAAGGAUGGUGAAUGGAAUUCGCAUUUGUUUUUUC